AUGGGACGUCACCGCUGGGUGAUCUUCACCACAGAGAUGAACGGAAAGAACACCAUGUGGCAGAUGGACGGCAGCAUGCCAAAAAUGAAUAAAAUGAAGGAAUUAGCUUGUCAUUUAAGCCAGCUACCUUUGUGUUCACUCUUCAGGCAUCGCUGGCUGCACUGCAUGACAGAUGACCCCCCCACCACACAUCCACCAGAGCCCAAGAAGUUCCUGGCUGAGGUCCACCAGUUCAACGUGAGUGGCAGCUCACAGAGGUACGUGCCCUUCCCCACCACCAGCAAGAAGAUUCACGAGUGGGUUCCACCCAAAGUGAGCUCAGUGAACUCUGACUGUAUAUUUGUAAAUGAUGUCCUGAAUAAAAUCUCUAUACAGACAUUUAUGAUGGGAGUGGCAGUUCUUACAAUAAACCUUUUAGACAAUGGCAGUGUUCCCCACAGGAAGAUUUUCUUUAUCCGGAAAUUACUUUAAUGUGAGAAAAACAACUUGGCACACAAACUGUCCUUUUGGAAAAAUCUGCCUUUGUCCAGUUGUUUUACCUUUUUUACCUUCAGACACGCUGCUACUGCCUGUGUUCAGAAUUAUAAGCUUGCAUUUGCAAGUUGUUAUUUCAACAUUUGGUACUUUACUUAAGCAGCUAGCUGGCUAUAGAGCUGCACUUGACAAUCGUUUCUAACAUUGAUUAAUCCAAUGUUUUAUUAAUGGAGGAAAAUCACUAUUAUCAUAUCCAUCAUAAUGUAUCAGAUGUGAAGGUACAAUCUUUAGAUCCCUGGUUUUGUCCGACAAGCAGUCCAACACUCGGAGAAAUUACAUUUUCAAUCAUCUGAUGAACAAAAGCAUAAAAUCCUCACAUUUUGACCUCUUAGCUUAGUUUGUCUAAGUGACUACUUAUGUUAGUAUAGUGCCCCAUAUAUGAGUUGGUUCACCUGCUGCUGUUUUGCUCUGUUUUGCCUUACCGUUUUUAUUAAUUUACAUUGUUCAACCAACUGGGUUUGUUCUAUUUGUCUUGAAUAGUUUUGUUAUUAGUUCCCCUUUUCUUUUGGUUAAGUUCCAUUGUUGGGAGGGUAAGCACCCGUGGUGAGGUCCCUACACCUUAUGCAUGCAUGUACAACCACUGAUAAGAGUGUCGACUUCAUCAUUUACGUUUUGAGGAUUGCUGUGUUGCACCUGAGGUGAGUACUGGUAGCACCCCUGGGCACUCCUCAGUGUAGUCUGCCUCCUUACCAGUGUCCUCUACCUAAAUCCCACGAUCUCGCAUAGUUUAUGUUGGACAGGACCUUUUAGGAUAAUAUAAUCUAGUUCUAGAUUUUUUUAAUAAGGCCUUUGUAUCUUAAAGAAUUAUUUAAGAUCCCUUAUUGUUUAGAGUUAUUUUCAUUUUGACCAUAAUAUUCAUUUGACCAUAAUAUUCUUUCCUCCCCCGCAGCUGCCGUCCCUGCAAAUUUGAUUAUUUAUUUUGGUUCCUUAAAUAAAAUCUUGAGUUCAAUUCUAUGAAACACGUCCGUCUAAUUUCAGUAACUAAUCUGUGUGCCUUAACAAUUCUAAAAACAAAUAUCUUAAGGUUGUUGAGCUUAUAUUUCCUGGGGUGUGAUUCCCCAGGUGGUGUUGUUGGUUCCCUCAUUUCCCGCCUAAGACCCCGCCACAUUCAGAAAGAUAUAUGCCAAGCAGGUGCAAGGUAAAAACAAAGAAAUUCACUCUAAAGUCAGUUCAAACCAUGUAGAAAUAAAGAUUGUGCAGGAGCUGUCGUUCACUGAUUUGAGUGCUAUAUUACAGCAAUAGCAUUCAAUAAUUCAGUAGUCACCGUUACAGGCCUCACAGCUUUAAAUUAAGGGAAUGUUCUCGGUUAAUAUACAGUAUGUGAUGUUUCUGUGUGCACACUUUUCCUUAAAGUCCGAGUGAAUUGAAAGAUUGAUUGCUGGAAUGAUGGCAUUGCAAAAUCCUAUAUGUCAUGUAUGCAGUCUCUUUUUUCAAAUGUUUGUGUCCAGGCCUGCAGUGCUCCAAGUGCUCUGAUCCGACAUGAGAUCGGCUAUGUCCUGGCUCAGAUGCAGCAUCCUGUGAGCAGCUUUGGAUCGUUCUACUGCAAAACACAGGUCUUGAUUUGAAUCUUGUAUCCAAGUGUGUACUGUAUGGAAAUUGAAAUUAUGUGUACAUUUGUUUUAUUGUCAAUCCCUUUUGUUUGUUGGGUCCUAUUGCUCAAGUUUGCUGAGCAGUAAUGUACUGUAGAUUUUCAUCUGCAAAUUGAUGCUUUUUCUGCCUGGAGUAAACUGACUAUGUUGUCACAGUUAAAGUCCUGGUGAAACUGAAGUUGGAGCGUCUCUAGCUUCUGCACUGUGCCACAUUCCCUAGUGCAACUGAAUAUUUUAGCGGUGUACAGUUAUAAGGGGGAUUUAAAUAAAAUCCUUUGCAUUUGAUUGGGUCGAUUUUGAUAUAAAAAUACGAAAAAAAAAACAUUUUUUUGGUGUGGAUAUAAAAGGCGCACAAUAUGACAGAGGAUGAUCUAAAUUCGAAUUUUGAUUUUAUCUUGUCUUCAUGUUUUGGUAUACAGUAUAUACUAAGAGACAGGAGACGUAUUAAAGGAAAAAACCUGAAUAAAUGGGUGGAGAAACAACAGAAUACAGAUGUUUGCAAAAAUGAUGAGGAAUUACUGAAUGGUUUGAGUGUGGAAAUAAUUGGAAUCAUAUUCUAUGGCCUUCAGUUACCAGAUCCCAACUGAAUUAAACAUGGGAGGUUUUGGAGCCAUGUGUUGUAUAGCACUCUCCAUCAGCAUCAUCAUACACAAAAUGAGUCACUACCAUUUGGAAGAAUAACAACAUAGGAGCAGUGUAUUUCACCAUAGUUUGCCAGAGUAUGGCUUGUCAGUUGCACAAUGAUGGACAAUGGACAGGUGGAUGGUGCUGCUGUGGUUUGAGGUCUUGCUAUGAGAGUUGGGAUUUUUCCCUUAAUAAUAUGGAAUCUGUGGCUAUGAGAGAAGGUUUUACAGGUGAAGAAAUUGAAUGAUCCACGUUUAAUUCAUAACAAUUUGCCAAAUGCCACGACGACAAACACGUGCUGAUUUCAUGAUACGAACCUGGUCAAUGUCAUGUUUCAUUUACUCAAGACUGGUAUGAAAAGGUACAGAAGUGUACUGCAUUCACCUGGUGUAAUGUUUCUGUAUUGUAAUUAUGACCCAGACGAACAACGACUUGAUGCACUGCAACAGGCUUUUAUUCCGAGCUUCAUAUACACGCUGUUCAUGCGGUCUUGCUGACUGACCGUAUAUAUCCUGUUCCGCCCACCAGGUGGCGUGGUUCUACUGUGAACAUCACAUUGCCCUUUUUUUAAUUUUUAAAGAAAUAGAUUACAUAUUACUCAAACUUCAACAACUCUAUUUACUGUACUGAACAUUGUACUCAUCUAGAGGUAUGGCAGCUCUGUAUUAACUGUAUCCCUUAAAACAUUAAUUUUACACUCUGUCUUAUAGAAAUGUUUAACAAACACUUAACUUCUCAAACUUGGCUAAAUCAGUACCUUUUAAGUUCACAACAGAUCAAAUUAGUGUCCAUGUCCCUGAGCAUAUUUAUUGUAUGCAGCCAAGAGAUUGUCCACGUUUAACAGUCCAUAAUCUACCUAUAGUCCUGUAGGUAGGCGGGAGGACAUCUGUUGUGCCUUGAGGGGUAUCUCGGUGUUCUUGAGGUAUUAGAGGCAUCACUGUAAUCACAAUCCUCAUCAUCGGGAUCUGGUGAGAUGUCCAUUACUUCUGGAGUGAUCUUGAAGAAUGAAGAAUUCCUGACAAUGAAGUGUCCACUUCUGGCUGCUGUGAUCAUGGAGCCUUUGACUUUGGUCACCGUGUAUGGCUUACUGUUAUACGGUGCAGUGAGCUUGUUGUGCUUGGGCUGACGAUGAAGCACAGCGUCACCUGGAGUGAGAGUGUGUGUGGUGUAGCAUUACGAUGAGAGUCUGCAUGAGAUUUCAUCUUGGCUUUAGCCUUGUUGUCCCUUGCUCUCACUUCAGAGUCUGAACAGUUCCUUGCAGUUUGAGUGAUUGAAGGAAUCUUCGUGUACAUCUUGCAUUGGAACAACAGUUCAGCAGGUGAUCUUUCUGUUGUGCUGUGAGGUGUGGAUUGAUACUCAUGUAGAAAGAUGUUCAGUCGUUGUUUCCAGGGAAUGCCUUGUGUUUUGGCCACACGAAUAGCUUUGCCUAGGGUGCGCAUGAAUCUUUCAGUUGUAGCAUUAGCUUGAGGCCACAGCGGUGUGAUGCGGCGGUGGUGGAAUCCUAGAUGCUCUGCAAACUGGGAGAACUGGUCACUGUUGAAUGGGGGACCAUUAUCAGUUUUCACAACUCUGGGGAUCCCAAACAUGGAGAAAACUUUGUCCAUGACCGGAAUGACUGUGUUAGCCGAGGUUGACCUUAUGCUCUCUACAACUGGGUAGCGUGUGUAAUCAUCCGUGAUGACAAGCAAGUACUCUCCAGUUGGAAGUGGUCCAUAGAAGUCUGCACUAACACUAUGCCAAGGAGCUUCUGGCAGAACGGACAUUUUUAGUGGCUCAGUAUGUGCAACUGGCGUGUUGGCUUGACAUGCAAGACAACUGCGUACUACUGCUUCUGCUUUGCGAUCAAUGUCUGGAAACCAAACCUUGGUUCCGAGUAGGGAUUUGGUUUUGACAAUGCCCUGAUGUCCUUCAUGGGCUAGCUGUAACACUCUAUCUUGUAGGGCCGUGGGAAUUACCAUUCUAGUGCCCCGCAGUACAAUGUCUGAUGCAUGUGAUGUUGUUAGUUCACUGCUAACUUGUCAACUGCUUUACUAUGUCAGCAUGUCGUGACUUGUCACUCUGGUGCCAUGUGUUGUGUCUGAUGUGAGCACUAAUCUCUUGAAGGAUUGGGUCUGCAAGUGUCUCUCUCUUGAUCUCCGUGAGUGUCAUGGCUUUAGGUGUUGCAUGACUUGCGAUGAAGUUCACAUACUCCUCUGCUACCUUUGCUGCACGUGUACUGUCAGCUGUCUGAGACAAGAUAGGAUGACGAGACAUAUGGUCAGCUGGGUUGUCGGCUCCCUUUCGGUAUUCCACCUUGAAGUUGUAGGGCUGAAUCCUCAGUCCCCAUCUCUCAAUCCUGGCGGGUGGUUUUGACCUGGGAUUGUUCCAUAUGAUUUCCAGUGCUUUGUGAUCUGUCACUAGAGUUAAAGGAUGACCAUAGAUAUACAGGUGGAAAUGCUCACAGCUCCACACAAUGGCCAGCGCCUCCUUUUCUGUUUGGGAGUAUCUCCUCUCCACAUCGCUGAGAUACCGACUAGCAUAUGCUAGCAUGUACUUCACCCCUUUUUCAUCUUUUUGGCAGAGGAUUGCACCCAGUCCAACAGGGCUAGCAUCCACAAUCAGUUCUGUCUCUCUACCUGGGUAAAAGUAUGACAUAGUAGUGUCACUGGUUAGACUGUCUUUCAGUGUCUGUAAUGCAACUUGCUGUUCUGGACCCCAUACCCAGGGUGUGUCUUUUCUGGUGAGCUUGCGCAGUGGUUCUGAAAUGGAGAAGUCUUUGAUAAAUCUGGAGCAAUAGUUGGCCAUGCCCAGCAGACUCCUGAUUUCACCUGGAUUCUGGGGGUCUGCAGCUUGCUGAACUGCAAUGACUUUCUUGGGAUCAGCUGAGACACCCUCUGCAGAGAAGAUGAAACCAAAGAACUCGAGCCUGGACUUGUUGAACUCACAUUUGUCACGAUUGAGUGUGAGACCGCUUUCCCUGAGUCUCUGGAACAGUGCUCGGAGGUUGUUGUCAUGUUCAGUCUGGGAGGCACCGUAGACGAUGAUGUCAUCGCUGAGGUUUUUCACACCAGAGAGACCUUGCAGUGUUUGGCAUAUGGCAUUUUGAAAUACCUCAGCAGCAGACGAUAUGCCAAAACUCAGUCUCUUGUAGCGUCUCAAUCCAAGGUGAGUGGUGAAGGGAGUGAUGUAUCUGCUGUCAAGAUGAAGCUCUAGCUGGUGGUAUCCAGCUCUCAGAUCCAGUUUGGAAAACACAGUUGCUCCAUUCAACUCAUGUAUCACAUCGUCUAUGGUGGGAGUGAUGUGGCGUUCCCUCUCUAUAGCCGUGUUAGCUUGGCGCAUGUCAACACAAAGUCUUACUUUGUCAGGGUCUUUAGGCUUGGGAGGAGCGAAAAUAGGUGAGACCCAUGGUGUCCGGCCAGUGACCUCCUCAAUGAUGUCAUCUGCCUCCAGUUUCUGAAGCUCAUCCUCAACCUUCUGGCGGAUGUGGAACGGCACACAUCGAUGUGGUUGGCAUGUAGGCUUAAUGUCAGGAUUUAUGUGAAGCUUUACCUGAACGUCUUUCAGUUUUCCGAUCCCUUGAAACAAUUCAGGAUGACUCUCCACUAGCUCAUCUGUGACUGUGCAACUCUGUGGUGUGGAUGAUACUGCUGUGACUAUUUUGAUCAGUCCCAGUGCUUUGGAAGUUUUGUAACUGAGAAUAUUGAAUCCGUCCCCUUUAAUUACAAAGUAUGUGCACCAUGUCCUUUUCUGUCCUUUUUCCACGCUGCACUUGAAAGCACCACUGACAGGCAAUGGAACCUUGGAGGAAGGGGUAGAUCUUGGUGCUGGUGGGGCUUAGUUGUGGACGUGGAAUCAAUUUCUCGAAACUUGUUUCACCGACACAGUUUGCUGUGGCUCCUGAAUCAAUUAAAACUAGCAUACUACUGCCAUUUAGCUAGAUGUGAGUCUGUGGCAGCUCAGAGGUCUUGUCAGCAUCAACUGCAAAAUCGCUUGCAUUUCAGACAGUUCCAGUGUUCUUCCAUGAUCAAGAAGCUCAUCUAGGCUAAGGUCAGGCUCCCUUAGCGCUUUCCUGCGUAGCCUGGAUGAUGUACAGCUUUGUAUGAUUUGCGUUUUAAUCUCUGCCUCGACACUUGCAAAUUCACA